GCCGGCUGCGUCGCCCUCACGGCCCCACCCAACCAUUCUCGAUCGAUCCAACGACCGAAGACAAAGUUUGAGGAGGAGGAGCAGGAUUGAUGAGCGAGGUCCAGCCAUGGAUGCUCUGGAGCGCCACUGCAUCAGGGGCUUCCUCGUCGACGCCAGAUUCGCCACCAAGCUCGCCGCUCCAUCGUCCAAGGGUAGGAGGAGCUGCAUUUGGGUUCCUUUUCCCACGCAACUACGGAGGCCGCCGAUCCUCCUGCCGAUCUCUUCUUCUUCUUCUUCUUCUUCUUCUUCUUCUUCCUCCACUACUUCUUUGCCCUUCGCCACAGCAUCGUCCGAGGUGCAAGCGGAUGCGCUCACUCCCGAUUCCCCUGCUGAGACCGUGCGCGUGAGGUUUGUUCUACAGAAGGAAUGCUUCUUCGGCCAGCAAUUCUUCAUCGUCGGCCAUGAUCCGACGUUUGGCCAGUGGGAUCCUGCAAAUGCGAUUCCUUUGGAGUGGUCUGCCGGCCAUGUAUGGACAGCUGAGCUGGAUGUGCCUGCCGGGAAGACGAUCCAGUUCAAGUUCAUACUCAAAGGUCUCUCAGGAGAUAUCAGUUGGCAGCCUGGCCCUGAUAGAUCUUUGCAAACAUGGGAAACCACCAAGACCGUUGUCAUUUCUGAAGACUGGGACGAUGCAGGGUGCCGAAAGGUUACUGAGGAACAUCGAGGAGUCUUCGUUGCGGUCGACGACGAACCACAGUCCCCUGAGCUCAAUUUUGGCGGUAACAAUGGUGCAGUAGAGGAUCAGACUCCAGUGCCUGACUCGGCACAAGUUCCUGUGUCUGGGAGUGCUUUAGAUCCCCCACAGGAAACAAUGGUGUUCAAUGUUCUCGAUGCGCCGUUCAAAUCUGUUGAGGCUGAGCACGACAACUCGCCGCAGGAAACAAUGGUGGUCAAUGUUCCUGUUGAGGCUGAGCACGACAACUCGCCGCAGUUCUCUCGGGAAGGAGAUGAAUCUGAGGGGCCAAUCAGAAACCAAAUUCAAGAAGAGACUGUUGCACCUUUUCGACAACUGAACAUCGAAUCUGAAGAAGUUGAGAGUGUUGAUGGGGCAAUGAGUCGAGACAAAGAUCUUCCUAAAGUAGCUGACUUAAAGUCGAUGGCUGGGAUCAUUCAUAAUGACUUCCAAUGGGGUGGUAGAGCCAUAAAACAGUUUCUCACGAGUCUGGGAAUUAUUUCACCCUGAUGGAAAUUUCAUAAUGAUCUUGUGUAACUUGUUGCUUCAUGUGUAAUUUGAGCAGCAGCAGAGAUUUAUUUUUUAA